CGUCUUCCCGCGGCUGGGCGGAGGAGCUUGCCGGAGCGGCGGCGCGGGGCGGAGGAUCCCACCGGAGCUCGCUCCCCUCACAGCCUCACUUCCCUCAGCGGCGGCGGCCGGCGGGAGAGCCGUCCGAGAACCCGCGAAAUUUUUCCCGUGAGGCGCUCGUGGUAGCUGCUGACUCAACCUGACUCCGCCAUGCGCUGCCAGCCGUGCGAUUGGAACGUACGGUGGAUUGAGGGGCGCAAGGCGCGCCGUGCCUUGGGUAUGGCAACUUGGCAAGGCACCGGAUCCCGAUCCUGGGGAGUGAUAGCACAGAGCAGUAGGGCACUAGGGCAUCAAGGCCCAAAGUUCCAGAAGCCGAAACCCUCGCAACCUCCCUGGACGCCGUUACUGCCGGCCCCUUCCCCUUCCGAUCUUCUCCUCCCCGGGCUCGUCGACGGCAACCGGACGGUCGCCUAGCCGGCAGAAGACUACCACCAACCGCCAGCGCUCUCGCGAUGGCUUCGUCGAAGCUGAUCCCCGCCUCCUCGAGCUCGGGCGAUCUCCCACCGGACGUGCUGUACGAGAUCCUGCUGCGCGUCCCCGCCAAGGACCUCUGCCGCCUCCGCGCCGUCUGCCAGGCGUGGCGCGCCCUCACCUCCAACCCGCUCUUCGCCGCGGCGCACAAGUCCUGCCACAAGGCCCUGCUCCUCGCCCUCGCCUACAACAAUAGCAAUGGCAACGGUGUUGAUAUCAUGGACUUGUCCGGCAAUGUCCUUAAGCGGAUUCCAAGCACUGAGCCUGAAAUUACUCCGGUGGAUAACUCUGGCAAUGCCGUUGUGCAUACCUCGGACACUGAGAAUGGCACCCGGGUGCUGCCCACCCAUCUUGACCUCGUCAUCUUCACUAGAGAGUUCAGUUCCGUGGGUCUCCGGGUACUUAACCCGGCCGCAGGGGCUACUCUCACCUUGCCAACGAGCUUGUCUGAGCAACUGGCGCGUAGGCCAAGGAUGCAACACUUCAGCGAAGUGGAGUCGCGUGCUUUUGGGCGAGUAUCCUCUACGGGAGAGUAUAAGGUGCUCCGCAUCACUAGACGUUAUUAUGAACGUGGUAGGCAGCUAUGCGAAGUUAUCACUGUUGAUGGCAUGAACCAUGGAAGUUGGAGAGUUAAGCAGAGCCCCCAUACCCUAUUGGUACUAGUAAAGAUAUGAGAUGUGUGGUCGUUGAUGGGGUGGUGUAUUUCUUGAUUGAUUUUCUCGCCUGUUUCUCUUAUUCGAGGGUGAUGUCUAUUGAACCAGGCAGCAU